AUGUAUUCUCCCCUGAGUCUCUUGGAAUCAGAUUUGCCCAUUUCUGUCAUUCCGGGCACAUUGUUUACUCCUCAGCCUGACCAAGGCAAAGACUUAUCUUCAGUAGAUCUCAGCUUCCUGCCAGAUGAUUUUGGACAAGAUGACGAACAUUGCAACAACAACAUGCUGGAAGACUAUCAAGGUCCUCAAGACAGUGGAAUCUUCUCAGAGGAGAGUGGAGGGUCCCAACAGAAGGAUGAAAACACAAUUCAUCCAUCCUCUGAUUUUUCUGGGAUGUGUCCCUCCAUGGCCCCCAUAACUCCCAUAACUCUUGUGUCCCCCGCUACAGAAGCUUCUGGCAUUGUCCCACAGUUGCAGAACAUAGUAGCCACUGUAAAUUUGGCUUGCAAAUUGGACCUAAAGAAUAUAGCUCUUCAUGCCAGAAAUGCAGAAUAUAAUCCAAAGAGAUUUGCUGCUGUAAUUAUGAGAAUUAGAGAACCAAGAACAACUGCCCUUAUAUUUAGUUCUGGUAAAAUGGUGUGCACAGGAGCCAAAAGCGAAGAGCAGUCGCGACUGGCAGCUAGAAAGUACGCUCGCGUGAUACAGAAGCUCGGAUUUCCUGCAAAAUUCCUGGAUUUCAAAAUACAGAACAUGGUGGGAAGUUGUGAUGUGAAAUUUCCCAUACGCUUAGAAGGAUUAGUUCUAACUCAUCAACAAUUCAGCAGUUAUGAACCAGAGCUGUUUCCUGGGCUUAUCUACAGAAUGGUCAAACCAAGAAUUGUACUGCUUAUUUUUGUGUCUGGAAAAGUUGUUUUAACUGAUCGCUCCUCUGUGUAUUCUAACAUUUAA